CAUCUGAUGAAUUUGAGAGUGCCUGUAGUGACAUUUCUAUCUCUUCUGACUCCGAUACCCAUUCGCUAGAUAUUAAGCUGCAGUCAAUAUUUCACACAAAAUCUAAAUUUCUCAAUGUGGUGCAUAUUAAUGCACAGAGUGUUCCUGCACACAUUUCUGAUCUAAACUUGACAUUUAAUAAUAGAAUAGUGGAUGUGAUCUUGGUUUCCGAAUCUUGGCUCAAACCGGCAUUACCGUCCCCACUUUUUACACUCUCUGGGUACAAAUUAUAUAGAAACGAUAGGGUUGGGACUGGGGGUGGUGGUGUGUGCAUUUACAUUAAAGACCACAUACCAUGCUCUAUCAUCAGUCAGUCUCCUAACACUUCCACUGGGUUGUUGGAGUAUUUGUUUCUGAGGGUUACCUUACACCAUACCAAUAUUUUAGUGGGAGUGGCGUACAGCCCUAGUGUUAAUGUAAAUUAUUUCGACUCAUUUGAGACAACACUUGAAUCAUUGAGUGCUUCUUAUGAUCAUGUAAUUUUGAUGGGUGAUCUUAAUACAUGUUUAUUAAAGGAUAACGUUCGAUCUGCCCGCCUUAACUGCCUUGUAAACUCGGUCAACUUUGUUUUGCUCCCACUCACUGCUACCCAUCAUUCACCUAACUGUCAACCAUCUCUUUUAGACGUACAGAUAGUCUCGAAACCUAACUCUGUACUUUUACAUGGACAAACCACUGCCCCAUUCUCCUACCAUGACCUUAUUUAUCUGUCAUACCGAGUGCGCACCCCUAAACCCAAAACCAAAGUCAGGUUACAGCGUAAUUUUCGUGCCAUCUGUGUAGAUCGCUUGAGGGACGACUUCUCUAGGAUUGACUGGUCUUCAUUAUUUGAAGCUUGCACGGUCAAUGAAAAGAUUAAAAUUUUCAACUAUCUGUUAUUAACGCUGUAUAACACUCAUGCCCCUCUCAGACCUGUGCGGGUCAAGCAUUUGCCUGCGCCUUGGCUUACGCCAACCAUAAAGAAAUGCAUGCAACGACGAGAUAAGGCCAAGUCAAUCUUAAAGAGGUAUCCCAGUGAUGAUAAUCUGCUCGCGUAUAAAAGGCUGCGCAAUCUUUGCAACAGAUUGUGUCGGGAUGCCAAACGGCGUUACAUCCAUUCUUCAAUUGAAGGCUUGUCUACGGGUCAGACCUGGAAAUUCUUAAGAUCGCUUGGUGUGGGUAAAGACUGUGAUUCCACCGUUAACAUUCCUGACCUCAAUUUACUUAAUAAACAUUUUACUAACCCACCACUUGUAGUAGCCAGCUCUGUAAAAGUAGCGACACUUGCCUCUCUGGGCACUAUUACCAAUCCGACUUCGCAGGGACUUGCACAUCCUUUGUCUACUUUAUAAAAUCUUACACUGCCCCCAGCUUCCUCACUACCUACGUUCCCGCUUUACUCUCUUAUGCCCCA